AGUGUUUCAUCAUUACACCCUUCUAUUUAAGAAGAGGAAGACAGUUAAAGAAAAUGCUUGACAGCCCAGAUUCGAACUUUCAUCUCCAGAAGAAAUACAGGAAAAGUAUGGUUAGAAGCUGGACAAAAUCUGUAUAUUGAUCUGGACUUCCCUGCCAUUCUCAGCAUUAAUCGAGAGGAAUUUGGUUAGAGGUUGUGCCACGAUAUUCCAGGCCCUGUGAAGCCAUGGCCUUCAUUCUGUCUCUGUUUGGAGCAGCAGUCUUCUCUAUCUUCACUACAGUUUUGGCUUCCUCCGAAUGGUGCUACAAUUCCGAUGACUGUGGCCCAGAGGAAUGGCCAAAUAUCCACCCUUUGUUCUGUAGUGGCAACGAGCAGUCUCCAAUCAACAUUGAAGUUGUAGAAACCAAAUGGAACUCCAGCCUCACCAACUUUUGCUUCAGUGGAUAUUCUGAUCCCAGGAAACUGCAUUUGAUGAAAAACACAGGUCAUUCUGUUCAGGUCGAUUUUGCAGAUGGAGUAACAAUUUCUGGUGGAGGACUCAAUGAAACGUUCAAGGCUUUGCAGUUUCAUUUGCACUGGGGGAAUGGUUCUUCUGUAUACGGCUCUGAACACACUCUAAAUGGCUGCGGUUUUCCCAUGGAGAUGCACAUUCUUCACAUAGGAGAGAAGUUUGCUAACGUGUCCGAAGCUAUCAAGCAGAACGGUAUUGCAGUUCUGGGAUUCUUUAUUGAUGUAGCAACAACCGUAGACAACAAUCAGGCUUGGGAAGACUUCGUCAACAUCUUACCAAAUAUCUCCUCACCAGAUGAGAAAUGGCAGAAUGCUUUCCCAUUUUCCAUCAGUGAUCUCCUCCAGUCUGUACAAAAAACAAAGUAUUUUCGCUACAGAGGCUCACUAACUACUCCCACCUGUGAUGAAGGGGUGACCUGGACAGUUUUUGAGAAGCCAAUUCUGGUAACCCACAAAAUAGUUGAUAAGUUUGCAACUGAAGUCUUCAUUAAUAAAUCAACAAAUGUUCGAUUAGUCAAUACUUACCGCCAUGUGCAGAAGCUGAAUAAACGCACAGUCUUCACCUCUACAAGUGCCUUUGCAAGAUUCAAGGCAGAAGGUCAGACCAUGGCACUGGUAGCUAUAUGUCUGAUUUGGCUAACUCUAUAAAAAGAACAUCCUUCAAGAGAAUCUCCCCAGCCACCAUUACAGAGUUCAUCUUGUCAGUUUGACAGCUUGUAAAUGUUUGUGCUGUGACGGUACCUACAGUAUCUUGAACUUAAAAAAUCAAAAAUUAAAACUCCUGUUAUCUGUGACAGUCAUUUCUCAAGAACCUUAGGAAAACAAAGAUCUUCUGAAUCUAGAAGAUGUCUGUUGCAGUUCAUGUGAACUUGACCCAAGGAUACUGUGGUCUCUGAGCACAACCCGGGAGAUGUUUUUUGCUACUCGUUGUAUUAGCACAAAAAAACUUUUAUAACUGUCUGUCUCAAUUAACCCUUCUUUAGCCUACAGAUCACUAAGUUAUCAUCCUUACCACCAUAUACAUAUGCACACAACAUACAAAAAGCAGGCAGAAGUAAAAGCAAAGGUUGAGCACCAUCAGAAGGCUAAGGGCGCAUUUCAUAAUGUAGAGAUUUCUGUUCACUUAGGAGGUCUGUUCUGUGAGCCAAGUCAUAUCAUCCAGAAUCAUAACAUGUUUCUGCAGUACUGUGCCAGCAGUUAAACAAGUUGAUUUAUUAUUUUCUCUACCUCCAUGUCAGACCAGUUUAACCUUUAUUGUUCCUGUUUCACAACCCUUCAUCAUUUUGCACCUUUGCCCCCUCCCCCCACAAGCCAGGGUAGAAGUGAAAAUGUGGGGGAGGAGUUUCUCAUAAAUAGCUUUCAUACUGUGAGUAGGGUCAGACCCCUUUUCACUUCUAAUUCAUAACUCAAGUACACAAGGGCUAAAGGGAAACAUCAAGUGCUGCAUUUCCAGUUGUUAGAUUUUCCUACAUAUAAAAUGCUGAGUUGACUUUUCUGUGUCAUAGCACCCCUAUAUGCUGUCAGUCCUCAUAUCUAAAUAUGAGACGGAUGGAAGGAACACUGCCCAAACCAACAGAGAGAAGACUACAUGGUAAAAUACUCUUUAUCCUCUCUCCCCUCAACCUCUAACAUCCCAGAUUGCAAAUCCAAUUUUAUCAGAUGAUAGCAGAAUUAUGGAGACAGUGUACCACUUAUAAGGUGGUGUGCCAUUUCAGGUUUGCCGUAAUGAUGUUCUUUGUGUGCCAGUUUAAUGUUACACCUGGCCACAUUGAUGAGUGAGCAUAAGUUUAUAUGCAUGUUUCAGUUUGUACUUGAUUGCAUUUAUAGCUGUGAAUUCCUUUACAAAUAUAUGAUUUUACACAUUUUGAAAUCUAUUUAAGAGCAAUGUUGUUUAAUGUAAAAAGUGUUCUUUUCUCUCCCUGAUUUAUUAAGAUACAAAAAAAAAUAAAUGGAAUAAAAAAGGUUCUUAAAGUG